AUGGCCACGCAUUUCCCCUUGGUCCUCCUCUCCCUCUCCUUCUGGCUUCUCCUGCACUUUGGGUCCAUCCUCCUCACUCCCGCCAUCUACCCUGCAUACAAGCGCCUUCCAGGUCGCACGAGGACACAGUGGCACGUCCACUUUGUCGCCUUGGCACAUGCGGUCAUCAUUGUGCCAUUGGCGGCGGCGCAAUGGUACGAGGUCAGGGAGGGAGGCGGAUUGAAGGGUAGCAGUCACCCUUUGGCUCAGAACAGGACGUAUGGGUACACCAAGGAAGCAGGAAACGUCUACGCUGUCACGUUGGGCUAUUUCAUCUGGGACCUCGUCGUGUCGGCUCUCUUUGACGGGCCCGCUUUCAUUGCUCAUGGAGCUGUGGCUAUGAUGGCCUUCACAUUCGUCUACCACCCAAUCUUCAUGUACGACGGCUUCGGCUUCCUCCUCUGGGAACUCUCCACUCCCUUCCUCAACAUCCACUGGUUCAUGGACAAGUGCGGUCUCACCGGUUCCUCCUACCAGCUCAUAAAUGCCUUUUUCCUCCUCUCGUCCUACAUCGUUGCGCGAUUGACAUUUGGAGUGUACAACUCUUACUCCUGGUUCCAACACGUCAAUUUCCCCCAACACCCGCAUGUACCCGCCAUCCCACUUGGACUCAAGGUCUUCUACUCGGUGGGCAACGUGGUGUUGAACACGCUCAACUUUGUUUGGUUCAGAGCAAUGAUUGCUGCAGUGCUGAAGCGCUUCGAUGGGAGUAGCGCAAAGAAGGGGGAGAAACAGGAUGAGGCUAGCAGGAUUGAUAGGAAGGCAGAGAAGGAGGCUGGUAUCGGAAGUGAGGCAAGGGAUGAAGUGAGGAGGAGGGUCGUUGGUGAGAAGUAA